UGCGUGUAAUAAAACUCUUUAUUGAUUAAAAGGACUUUGAAGCGAUUGAAACAUAGUAUGUUACCGAUGUAUAUGUGCACAAGAAAAUUCUAAUGCAUUUCUCUAAUUAUUUCAGCGGACUUUUAAUAAAAAAUACGUUUUACGUACAAUCGAUAUUAAUUUUUGUACGUACUCUUCCCUCGCUUAUUCUAUGAAAUUUUGAGUUUCUUUUUUACAGUAGUGUUACGUAAUCCGUGCCAGUAGAUGUCAGUAUGAGAUUCAGAAGCGGCUGGUUUCCUCUUCUGCUAACUUAAGUCGCUUCUACUUAGAUUCUGGAGGAAACUGUUUUUCGAAAAGAUGGGUAAUGUGUCUGCCUUUUAUACGUCGGAAAAGGAUCCAACACCUGCAGCUAAUCAUCCACCCACAUUCGAUCCAAUGCUUGGAUUUCCAAAUGGUAGAAAACCCAGAGUAAUGAAAGCUACCGAACAGGAGAUGAAUGCUGCUCUUGUACCCAAAGAGUUUCGAGAUUAUUGUGUACAUCUGUAUCUGAAGCAACAACACUGUCUAGCUGAUGUCUGGCCCUUUACAUAUAAAUGUUCUGCCGAAAAGCAUAAAUAUGAAACCUGUGAAUUUGAGGAUUAUGUGAUUAGGAUGAAGGAAUAUGAGCGUGAACGUAGACUUCUCAAGAGGCAAAAGAGGAAGAAUCAAGCUGCAGCUGCUUGAAAGAGAAUUUGUGCAGCUGAUAAAGAAAAAAACCAUACUCGUCGUUCAUAUUGUAGGAAUCGUAAAAGGUACAAUAAUUCUGUAUCAGUGGGUUUAAUCAGAAAAGCCACAUUCUGUACAUAAAUGGGAAAAAUAGAAGAAAACUGUCAUUAAAUUAAACGUUAA